AUGCCAUCAUCAAAAGCUCCUAGGCUAAAGGCCGCCUACACUGCGGAUGGCAAGAUCAUUGUGGGCAUAGAUUAUGGAACCACAUUUACAGGAGCCAGCUAUUCCAUCGAUUCAUGGCCCGGAAAUGCGCGAGGCAUUGAUACAGUUUCCAAAUCCCCAUCCCGGAUCGCAUACGCGGCCGAAAAUCCCCGAGCUUCCAGAAACCUCUGGGGCUACCAGAUCUCGUCUAACAUGUCAGCAUAUGCUUGGACUAAGCUACUGCUGGAUAAUAACACCAAGCUAACGGAAUAUGAUGAUCCGGCUCUUGAAGCGACGCUGGGAACAGGGAUCUUACGCCUUCCGGCCGGAAAGUCAGCGGUUGAUGUUGCGGCUGACUAUCUGACCCUCGUCUAUCAGCACAUCAGACAUACCCUUGUCCGACACAUUACGGAGGAGGCUUUGAAGAAAACCCCAUUGGAAUUCUGGUUUACCGUGCCAGCGAUUUGGUCUGAUCAAGCCAAGCAUGCUACCCGAACGGCUGCUCAACGGGCUGGGUUCUGGUCAAGUCCCGAAAGGCCUCACGAUCGCUUGUACUUCAUCAGCGAGCCCGAAGCGGCGGCCAUUACUGCACUGAGAAGGUACACCAGUGAUAGUACUGGAGGCUCUAUCACGAAAGUAGCCCCAACUCUCAAGUUUAAAGAGUUGCUGACAGGCGUUGGCGGAAAAUGCGGUUCUACUUCCAUUGAUCGAAAUUUCCACAAGUUCAUGUCACACCGCUUUGGCGACGCAUUUGACAGGUUGCCAAUGUCUACCAAAGGCCCCGGAAGCGCUUUUAUGGACAAAUUCGAGAUUAUCAAGAAAGACUUUGGGUCGUCCACUUCAUACGAUAUCUUCGCACUACCUCUGAAUAUGAAGUUGCCACAUACGACCAGUCCCGAAUAUUUCGACGUGGAGGAGCGCCUGGUGCAGCUUACAAGUGAUGACAUGCGAACGUUCUUCGACCCUGUUGUGGACAAGAUUAUCAACCUAUUGCAGGGGCAGAUCGCAGAGGCGCGCAAACUUCGCGGCAAAAAGCCGAUAAAUAGGAUAAUCCUUGUCGGUGGCUUCGGCGGCUCGGAAUACCUAUGCCGGCGUGUUCGCUCGACGUUCGGAACCACGGGCAAGAUUACCGUCACUAUUCCGCCGAAUCCGCAAACGGCUAUUGUACAGGGUGCUGCUCUCCGCGGCUUGGAAGGUAUCCGAUCAACCACCAAGCUCUGCCGGCGCCACUAUGGUUUUGAAUGCGCGAUCGAUUUCCGUGAAGGUCUCGAUGACGAACGGAACGCCUGGAUAGACCCGUUUAAUGACAGGAAAUUGGUUCGUGGUAUCAUGAAGUGGAUGAUUUCCAAGGGUGAAAAAUACGCCGAGGAAUACAAGCAAACUGUAUACACUCGGUGGACCCACAGAAAGUGUGACUCCCUGAUAAAAAGCACCAAUUCUUACGCCAGUGAGAAAAUGCUGGCUCCAGAACGAAUGGAUGCUGACGGCGUCUACAAGGUUGGCUGCAUUGUCGUUGACUUCACUGAAGUCGACCUUUCUCAAUUUCCCGUAGUGAGGAAGGGCGGGCAGAGAAUCUACAAUCUGCAAUACAACAUUAGGGUGACAUUUGGCGCGCAGGAUGGAUUGUUGAAAUUUGAGGCAACCUGCCAGGGGAAAAUAAUUGGUAAAACGAGCAUCGAGUUCACAGCGACCUGACUGGCGCAGUGUUUUGUCUCAUGGGUGUGGCCUUGUUCCUUUCUCUCCUAGGCUGUGGUGGAUACCCGGAAUCCUUUAUCCAUGGGCAACAGAAUGCCGAUACCAUAUAUGCUCGUCUCUAGGUGCUCACAGCUUCAUAAUUGAUGCAAAGAAGAACCAGCU